AGAGGGCGGGACAACAGUGAAAAUAUUUAGCUCCGCGAGCGACCUGCUGCAGCGCUGAAGAGAACCAGCGAGGCAACGCACUAGACCGAACAGUAUUUCUACAUUACCUACCUGAUACGGUUCGCUCUCAACUUUCCCAUGUUGAUUCUCGGCCUCCUGCCCCUCCUCCUGUUGCCGGGCCCUGGUUGCCAUGCGGCUGACAUUCCGGAGGACACCACGGCAGAGUUCGCCGUCAGACUGUACCACCAGCUGCAGGCCCGGGGGAGGGACGACAACAUCAUCUUCUCCCCCCUCAGUGUGGCUGUGGCCCUGGGCAUGGUGGAGCUGGGGGCCCGUGGGGCCUCCCUCACAGAGAUACGCCAGGCUGUCGGCUUCAGCCACCUACCUACAGAUGAGGAGUUUUCUCUGCUCCAGAACCUGACAGGGGCUCUGUCUGAGGACGAUGCCCACUACAUCAUCAGAUUGGCCAACUCCCUCUUCCUGCAGAGCGGCGUGACCUUUAACCCGGAGUUCUUGCGGCUGAUGAGGAAGUACUUCCGGGCGGAGGUGGAGACGGUGGACUUCAGUGAAUCAGCCGCCGUGGCAGAGCAGAUCAAUGGCUGGGUAGAGAACCACACUGAGAGUAAGAUCCGUGACCUGCUGUCAGCUGAUGACUUCAGCAGUGUGACCCGGCUGACCCUGGUCAACGCUGUGUACUUCCGGGGCAGCUGGAAGAACCAGUUCAGACCGGAAAACACCAGAACCUUCUCUUUCAGCAAAGACGACGGGAGUGAGGCCCAGACACACAUGAUGUACCAGCAGGGAAACUUUUACUACGGUGAGUUCAGUGAUGGUUCGUCCGAGGCGGGUGGUGUGUACCAGGUGUUGGAGAUGCCCUAUGAAGGAGAGGACAUGAGCAUGCUGGUAGUGUUACCCAGACAGGAAGUCCCCCUGGCAGCCCUGGAGCCCAUCAUCAGAGCCCCUCUCCUGGAGGAGUGGGCCAACAACGUCAAGAGGCAGAAGGUGGAGGUCUACUUGCCCAAGUUCAAGGUUGAGCAGAAGGUAGACCUGAAGGAGAUUCUGCAGGAUCUGGGCAUCAAGAACAUCUUCACUAAAGACGCUGACCUCUCCGCCAUGACAGGUGAGAUGGCAGACGGUAAGGACCUGUUCAUUGGGAAGGCGGUGCAGAAGGCCUACCUGGAGGUGACAGAGGAGGGGGCGGAGGGAGCUGCAGGAUCAGGAAUGAUAGCCCUCACCAGGACUCUGGUGCUGUACCCUCAGGUCAUGGCUGAUCACCCUUUCUUCUUCCUCAUCAGAAACCGCAGGACAGGUUCCAUCCUUUUCAUGGGCAGGGUCAUGACACCAGAUGUCAUCGAGCCUACCGACUUCGACAACGACUCCAUGUAACUAUGAAGACGGCCAAUGGGAUUCCAGUGUGCUGCUAUCCUGCUAUGAGAUCAUAUGCUCAAAACCAAUCAAAUCCAGGCAAAACGACGCCAUAAAUGCAACCUUUCCACUCCCCAUCGUUGGCUGUGUUUUUAUACUCUUAUCGAGAAUAUAUAUGAUUCCUAUUCUAUAUUCUAUAUAUUGAUAUAUACAUAUAAUGUGACUGUGUUUUGAUACUGUAUGCUUUAACCACUUGGUAAGAGAGAGGGAGAGAGCUGUAAAUACACUACAUGACCAAAAGUAUGUGGACACCUGCUCGUCGAACAU